CCUGUCUCAUUACUUGAGCUCUUCGCCUCCGCGAUUUUGUUCCCACCGCCGCCAUUCCCUCCAAUCCUCCCUCGAACGCGGCGCGCACAACGAGGUUGAGAACUUCGUUCUCGGGGCCUGCUCAGCAACAUGCCCGCAAAUAUGACAGAUCCGGCUGGAGUCCAGCGCUCCGACCCGCUCUACUCGGUCGUCAACAACGACAAGAAGCGCGUAGCUUACUUUUACGACUCUGAUAUUGGCAACUACGCGUACGUUACGGGCCACCCUAUGAAGCCGCAUCGGAUUCGGCUUGCACACAGUUUAGUUAUGAACUACAACGUGUAUAAGUUUCUCGAGAUCUACCGCGCGAAGCCGGCCGUGAUGGCGGAGAUGACGCAGUUCCAUACCGACGAGUACAUCGAAUUCCUGCAGAAGGUCACCCCGGACAACAUGGACAGCUUUAUGAGAGAGCAGGGAAAAUACAAUGUCGGCGACGAUUGCCCCGUCUUUGAUGGCCUGUUCGAGUUCUGCGGCAUCAGCGCCGGCGGCAGCAUGGAAGGCGCCGCUCGCCUGAACCGCGAAAAGUGCGACAUUGCCAUCAACUGGGCGGGCGGGUUACAUCACGCCAAAAAGAGCGAGGCUAGUGGCUUCUGCUACGUCAAUGAUAUUGUCCUCGCCAUUCUCGAGCUCUUGCGCUUCAAGAAGCGAGUCCUUUACAUCGAUAUCGACGUCCACCACGGCGACGGCGUCGAAGAGGCGUUCUACACGACUGACCGCGUCAUGACGGUCUCGUUCCACAAGUACGGCGAGUACUUUCCCGGCACUGGCGAACUUAGGGAUAUCGGCAUCGGCACGGGGAAGAACUACGCGGUCAACUUUCCGCUCCGCGACGGCAUCGACGACAUCGCGUACGAGACCAUCUUCGAGCCCGUCAUCGACGCUGUCAUGAAAUACUACCAGCCCGAGGCCGUCGUCCUCCAGUGCGGCGGAGACAGCCUUUCGGGUGAUCGCCUUGGAUGCUUCAACCUGAGCAUGCGUGGCCAUGCCAACUGCGUCAACUUUGUCAGGAGCUUCAACCUACCAACGUUGGUGCUGGGUGGUGGUGGCUACACGAUGCGCAACGUCGCGCGCACCUGGGCCUACGAGACGGGCCGGCUGGUGGGUGUCGAGAUGCACCCAGUUUUACCGUACAACGAGUACUACGACUACUAUGGUCCCGACUACGAGCUCGACGUCCGGUCUUCCAAUAUGGAAAACGCCAACAGCUACGAGUACCUCGAGAAGAUCAAAGUCUCGGUGAUCGAAAACCUAAAGAAGACGAUUCCUGUCCCCUCGGUGCAGAUGACCGACGUUCCACGCACAGGUUUCGGAAUGUCGGACGAACAGGAGGACGAGCUAGACGACCUGGACGAGGACGAGAACAAGGACACUCGUGUGUCGCAGCGGCAGUGGGAGAAGAACGUCGAGCGACAAGACGAGUUUGAGGACGACGACGACGACGAGAUGGCGCAGGCGAAUGGCAUAUUCCGACCGAACGGCCGGCGUCCGGGGAUUAUGGACUUCCAGAACCCCAACGCCGUGGACGACGGCAUGGAGAUCGACAGCGGCGUGGCUACGCCUGCGGCCGCUCCCAUCGACACAGCUGUCGAUAAUGACGAGACCAUGGUUGACGAGACAGAGGAGCAAGCCGCUGAGGCCGAGACGGCUGCGGAGGAGGCCUCCACCGUUCAGGCCGAGGCCGAGCCAGUAAAGGCCGACGCCGAUGGAGAUGUCGACAUGGCCGAGACUGAGAACAAAGAGGCAUCGUCUGAAAAGAAAGAGGCCGACGAAGCCAACAAAAAGGCCGCCGAAACCGACAAGGAGGCCGCUGUGAGCCCUAAACCGGAUGGCGCGGCGCCUGCUGGGUCGCCACGCAAUGUGUCGGCGACGGUCGAGCCUGCCCCGGGGCCAUCGUCUCCCGCGACUGCCGCCGCACCAACGGAUAGUGUGGUCAAGACCGAGGAGGAGGAGGAGCCAACCAAGCCGGAUGAGCCAGUGACCGACAAGAAGGAAAAUGGAGCCGCCAACGAGGAGGCACAGAGUUAGAACCGCUGGCUUGAGGAGGUGGCUGCACACUUCGCGAACAACUUUUGAGGAGUUCGGGUUUUGGUUUGUCUUGGCUUGGCUUGGCUUUUGGCGUUGGGGUUUCGGGCGGGAAAAGGAUGCGAGGGGUGGCUGUCACUUAUGGACAUUGGAUCCGGUGUUUAUGGCCAGCCACAUGAUCCCGGAUUAGCGGUAGUUUUACCCUGGCGUGUUGGAGAGGGCUUGCAGCGUGCUGCGGAGACGUGCCAAUCAGGUUGGUAUUCGUUGUUGCUCUGCAGAAGUUCUCCAUAGCGGCGUGAACCUAGAAAUCCAACCGUGAUUUUGACCUCUC